CAAGUCAUUCAUAUCAGUAGGUUGAUCCGGCAGGGAGAAAACCAUAGGGAUGUCUGGUGGGAUCUUCUCCCCUUUGGAUAACCUCUAUGACCUAGACAGUGCCAACUGCCACCCCUUGGUGUGCCACUUGUGCCAUGAGCAGUAUGAGCACCCAUGCCUGCUGGAUUGUUAUCAUACCUUCUGUGCUAGCUGCCUGCGAGGUAGGGCUGUGGACAGUCGGCUAACAUGCCCCCUGUGUGGACAUCAGACAGUAGUUAAAGGCAUCUGUGCGCUCCCUCCUGAGGACCGUCUCCUGAAGUUCCUCGUGGACAACUCUACUGACAGUGAAGAGACAGUGCAGUGUGCCAACUGUGACUUGGAGUGCAAGAAGCAGGAUGUGGAUGCAAUGUAUUAUUGCAACACUUGUAGCCAGCCCCUGUGUGGAGACUGCAAAGAAAGCACCCACAAGGCCAAGAUGUUCUCCCGACACGAGAUUGUCUCCUUGGCCAAGCGCACCAAAGAGGCCCAUAAAAAAUGUGCCCUCCAUGAGGAACUCUACAUCAUGUUCUCCACUGAGAAGAAGUCCAUGCUGUGUAUCAACUGUUUCAGAGACAUGCAAGUGGAGAGCAGAGCACACUGCAUUGAUAUUGAGACAGCAUAUAUGCAAGGCUGUGAAAAACUGGACCACGCCGUCCUAGCAGUGAAAGAACUACAGACAUCAGCCAAGGAAGCCAUUUUUCUGCUAAAGGCCAUGAUUGGAGAGGUCAGGGCCAAUGUGGACGAUGAGGAGAAUGCCAUCUGUACUCUCUUCAACAACAUGCAGGAGAAACUGGCUGAAAGGAAGAGGAUUCUCCUGAAGGCUGCCAAGAGUCAGCAUGAGGAGAAGGACCGAGCUUUCAAAGAGCAGCUGUCUCAUUUAGCAGCUCUGCUCCCGACCCUCCAGGUUCAUCUUGUGACAUGCUCUGCUUUUCUUAGUUCAGCCAAUAAAUUUGAGUUCCUUGACAUGGGUUAUCAACUGAUGGAGAGGCUGAAGAAGAUUGUGAAGUUGCCUCACAGACUAAGGCCAGCUCAGAGCAGUAAAAUAAACACAGAGUACCGGUCAGAGUUCGCCCGCUGCCUGGAGCCACUAUUGCUGAUUGGACAGCGCCGUUCUUUCUCUGGCAGCGUCUCGGGAUUGUGCCUCGGCGGCUCCAGUGGACUCUUGCAGUCCUCCCUCUCCGCACCCUCCCACUGUCCGGCGGCUAGUGACAUGUCCCUGAGCUCGUCGGUGGUGCGGAAGCCGACUGCCCACCGCUACAUCAGCACCAAGGUCCUGCUGGCUGAGGGAGGCGAGACGCCCUUCACUGACCACUGCCGCAACUACGAGAGCAGCUACAAGACUCUCCAGACGGAAAUCCAGAUGCUCAAAGACCAGGUGCAGGAGGUGCACAGAGAUUUCACCAAGCACCACUCUCUCAUUAAAGCCGACACCAUGAACGAGAUUCUCGAGAAGUCGGUGCACGUCGACCGGGAGAUCUCCACGGAAUACUCUUCCGUAGAAAAGACGAGAGCCUUGUUCGAAGAGGUCUGGGAGGAGACAUUUCAGAGGGUGGCAAAUGAACAGGAAAUCUAUGAAGCACAGCUCCAUGACCUGCUCCAGCUGAGGCAGGAGAACUCCUACCUGACCACCAUCGCCAGGCAGAUCGGCCCCUACAUCCGCUCCAUCGCCAAGGUCAAGGAACGGCUUCAGCCCAGGCUAAAGGACCCCGUGGUGUUUAUGGAUGAUCGCACAGAGACUAUGGUGAAAAUCUAUGACGAUCGCACAGAGACUAUGGUGAAAAUCUAUGACGAUAGCAGCGCUACUGACUCACGCAGUGACUCAUCGUCCGGUACUGAGGAUGAGGGUCAUGAAAAAGUGUUGGAUGACCGUUUGCUAUUAGAUGAGACCGCACCCAAGACCAAGGACUACUACAGAACAGGCAGGCAGAAGAGUCCGACAGAACUGUCGGGUCGCAAGGACAUAACUAUUUAGCACCAACACAAUUCACAAAUCAAAGGACAUCCGAAAUUAGAUUCUCAAGCAUGCACUGGGUUUAUGAACAGUAAUAAAAUCACAUCAUUCAUCUCAAACUGAUUAAACAUUUAACUUUA